AUGAAGUUCACAAUUGUCUUUGCUGGACUUCUUGGCAUCUUCCUGACUCCUACUCUUGCUGACUAUGAUAUCAAUGUUAAUGAUAACAACAACAGUGGUGGAAGUGGGCAGCAGUCAGUGAGUGUCAACAAUGAACAUGGCGUGGCCAAUAUUGACAAUAACAACGGAUGGGGCUCCUGGAAUUCCCUCUGGGAUUAUGGAAGUGGCUUUGCUGUAAUCAGAUCCUUUAAGAAGAAGUCGUGCAUUGUGCACAAAAUGAACAAGGAAGUCAUGCCCUCUAUUCAAGCCCUUGGUAUGCUGGCCAAGAAAAACAAGCUUCAGGGUAGAGGACCAGAGGGACCACCUCCCAAGAGCCUGAUCUACUCAGUCAAGCCUGACAAAGUCAACAACUUGGACCAGUUUGGAGAAUCCGUUGUUACCAUGUGCAAGGGGAUUCCAACAUACAUGGCUGAAGAGAUUCAGGGAGCAAACCUGAUUCUGUACCCAGAAAAGUGCUUCAAGGUUGAUAUACUCUGGAUUCUGAACAUUUCCUUAUGUGGAGAAGCAAUGGAGAACUAA